UGGUGUGAUUAUGAAGGGCUUAGCACAGGGCUGUUGUUGUGUUGUAUGUGGGAUGCUUGAGUUUGCUUAACUGAGCAUUCUUCCUCAUGCAUACUCGAAUCGGCACAUGGUUACUGGCAUUGACAAACUCAUCACACACACACACACACACAUGUUGGGCGCAGUUGGCAGCUUAGUUCUAGGUUGCAGACAGAUAGGCAGAGGAAGACAUCCAACACAUUCUCAUAUAGUAAUGCUGUUUCUCAGGUUUAAGCUAACUCUUUUUGCGUACCAUCUCUGAGCUCCUCUCCCUGCGCCCGCCGUGUCCACUGCGAUGAACGCUUCGCGCUCGGUCAGCAUGGGAAUCCCCACUCAAGUCCCUAACAGCAUCGCGGUGAGUGCGGACACACUGGCUCCGUUGAAUUACAGCGCAGUGAGUGCGCACAAGCUGAUGGAGCUGCCCGCGCUAACCACUACGGUGGCAAUGGUGCAGGAUGUUCGACAUCUUUUCCCCACUGUGGAUGUCCCAGACCACGCUCACUACACCAUCGGCUCUGUCAUUCUGGCAGUGGGCAUCACCGGCAUGGUGGGAAACUUCUUGGUCAUGUAUGCCUUCUGCAAGAGUAGGAGUCUGAGGACACCUGCCAACAUGUUCAUCAUUAAUCUGGCUGUCACUGACUUUCUGAUGUGUGUCACUCAGACACCAAUCUUCUUCACCACCAGUUUGCACAAGCGAUGGAUCUUUGGGGAAAAAGGCUGUGAGUUAUAUGCAUUCUGCGGCGCUCUGUUUGGUAUCUGCUCAAUGAUCACGCUCAUGGUUAUUGCGGUAGAUCGAUACUUCGUGAUCACUCGUCCUUUGGCCUCGAUUGGCGUUAUGUCACGCAAACGAGCCCUGUUGAUACUCUUCGCUGCUUGGGUGUACUCUAUGGGCUGGAGCCUGCCCCCAUUCUUUGGAUGGAGUGCGUAUGUUCCUGAAGGUUUGCUAACAUCCUGUUCGUGGGACUACAUGACCUUCAGUCCUUCAGUACGUGCCUACACAAUGCUGCUCUUUACAUUUGUAUUCUUCAUCCCCCUCUUCGUCAUCAUUUAUUGCUACUUCUUCAUCUUCAGGGCUAUCCGUGAUACCAACAGAGCUGUGGGAAAAAUCAAUGGAGAAGGAGGAUUCAGAGACUCUAUCAAGAAGAUCCAUCGAAUGCAAAAUGAAUGGAAGAUGGCAAAGAUAGCGCUUAUAGUGAUCCUGCUGUAUGUCAUCUCUUGGUCUCCAUACUCAUGUGUAGCUCUUACUGCUUUUGCUGGAUACGCUGACAUUCUCACACCAUACAUGAACUCUGUGCCUGCUGUGAUUGCCAAAGCAUCCGCCAUACACAACCCAAUCAUCUAUGCCAUCACUCACCCCAAGUACAGGUCUGCCAUUGCAAAGUACAUACCAUGUCUGGGAGUGCUGCUGUGUGUACCUCGUAGAGACCGGUUUAUGAGCAGUAGCUUUAUGUCCACACGACGCUCCACUGUGACUAGCCAGUCUUCUGAGACCAGCAGCAACAUGCACCGUGCCGGGAAGGCACGCUUGUCGUCGGUGUCUGACAGCGAGUCGGGCUGGACGGACACAGAGGCAGAUCUCUCCAGCGUGAGUUCACGGCCUGCUAGCCGUCAGGUCUCAUCUGACAUCCGGAAAGAUUUGUCAGAUAUCAAGCACACCAGCUCUCUGAGGCUGAAGGUCAAGAGCAGAGACUCUGGUAUCUUCGACAGAACCUCAGCUCAGAGUCUAACUGAGCCGAGCGUGAACCGGACCAGUGCAUACAUCAGUACGGCAGGCGACAAAGAAGAGAUCUCCAUGGCUGAGGUCAGCCUGUCCAGUUGUCUCUCGUCCUCUCCAAAUAUGGUCUCAGACAAUGUUGAUGAGAAAAGACUGUUGGUUCGGAUCCCUUCCAUCAUUGUAACGUCAGAGUCCAGUCCAGCCCUCCUCUCAGUAGGGCGCAGCAGUGGCUCCUCCAGACAGCUCCCAGGUGCUUCGGUGGAGGAAGCCUCUUUCUCUGUGGACCCUGCUAGCAUUGACUGAAUACGGGCUACACUACCACAGACUUAGACUUAAGGACACAAACUCUUGGUGAUCUGACUUGUUCCUUCCACCAUUUUGUCUCCUUUACACAGGGCUCAAAAUUGAACCUGCAUGCUGUUACAACUGACAUCUGAAAUUUGACAGUGCUGUUAUUGUUGUAUACUUUUGCCUGUUUCGAGGUGGAAAAUGGGUGACCACAGCCUACAAGGUGAACAAGGUCUGUAUGUCUAUAGGAAAAUAGGGUCAGGACACCCUUUCAGGCUUCUUUCAGUGGUGUGGAGAUGAUCCUCUCCUCUCAGGGAAGAAUUUGACAGUUCUAAAAAGCAACAGUGAUUCAGUUGUGGAUUGACACUGCUCUGAAUAUGUAUUCAGAUACAUCCAUCCCUUUAGUGAGAUGCUUCAUCCAUUGAAGGUUGUGCUUUAGGCCAUUGGAAUAAACGGUUCCUAGUGCCUGCACAAGGUCAAAAACAACACAUGAUCUGUGACUUGAAGAUUCAAACGCCUAGUUUUUACCCAGCCAGAGAUUUUGGUCUCACUAUGAAAUGUAGAGCCCUGUCUACAGGUGUAAAAGUGGAUAUUUUGAUGUUUCUUUAAAGGUGAAGUGUGUAAUUUCAUGU